UGUAUCUCGCGUAGAACCGCAUCGUUAAACCUGCGCAGCAUCUCUGUGUCUCUAGCUAGAGAUGGAAGCGAUCUCGGAGUUAUUGCAGCCGUACAAGGAGCACGUUGGCUUUACGGCCGGCGUACUGACCGUCGGGCAGAUGUUUAGCGGUUGUUUCGUCUGCAAUGAUAUCCGCAAGAAGGGUACAACGGACGGAUUCUCACCGAUGCCCUUCAUCGGUGGUUGCGGACUAACCAUUCUCUUCCUGCAGCACGGUAUGCUGAUGGGCGAUUCGGUGAUGAUCAACUCAAAUCUCGUCGGUCUAGCGAUCAGCUUCUCGUAUGCUGCGUUCUUUGCGUUCUACACCCCCUCCAAGGGAAGGGGUAGUUUCUGGCGAGCGUCCCUGUGGACGACACUGUUCACCUUUGGUGUUUUGCUGUACGCAAAGUUUGAGAAUCCGGCCGUGGUCGAGGAUCGGUUCGGUAUGAUACUGACCGUUCUGAUGCUGUGUUUGAUUGGGCAGCCUCUGAUCGGUUUGCCGGAGAUUAUUCGGCGAAAGAGUACCGAAGGGUUACCGUUUCCAAUGAUCCUGUCCGGUACGAUUGUCGGUCUUAGCUGGUUGCUGUACGGUGUGAUCCUUAACAAUGUGUUCGUUGUGCUUCAAAACCUGGCGGCAGUUACACUGAGUGGCAUCCAGCUCGCAUUGUUUGCCAUCUAUCCGUCGAAGCCAGCAGCACCGAGUAAGAAGCGUAAUUGAUUCGCAUUUAGAGAUUAAAAUCAGGGACGAAGAUCGCAUAGCGACUCAAAAGCAAAGAACAAUACAGGUAGGAUGUGUUGAUGUUAAGUAGCUUCUGCUCUAGUUUCGUGUUUAUUGGACAGUAUUUGGUACAUAGCUGGCGAUCGCGUUGAAAAGGCUGUCUAAGGCUGUACUAGUUUUCCAUACAAGACGUUCGCUUGAUGAUCGUUCGCAUCAGUCUUCAUAACCAUUCCAAGAUCCAUUGUUAUUGCUUACUUAGAAUAGGAAUGAAAUGAGAGAUUAAA